AUGUCCCUGCGCUUCCAGACGACCGUGGCGCGCGCCGCGCUCGCCUCUCUAAAACAACCGCGCACGGCGCUGCGCUACGGCGCGGCGCACGCGCGCCGCGCGUCGUCGCGCGCGCCCCUCGCCGUCGUCGGCGUCGUCGCCGCCGCCGGGGGCCUCCGCCAGACGCGCUGCGAGGCCAUGGUCCACCGAAAGCCCACGACGCACCUCCUCCGCCGGAGCACGACCUACCACCUCACCCAGGGCAACCUCGUCCUCCGCUGGUUCAAGCGCGCCGCGCACCGCCUGCGUCUCGCGCUCCGCGUCGGCUACCUCACGUGCCUCGGCGCGUCGGCCGUGAGCUUGGGCGUCGUCUGCCUCAACGAGGCCGCGCCCUUGCCGAGCGCGCUCGUCGAGGCCUACUGGCGCUACGCGAUCUGGGCCGUGGAGACCGCGGGCCCGACGUUCGUGAAACUGGCGCAGUGGGCGUCGACGCGGCCCGACAUGUUCGACGCGGCGCUGUGCGCGCGCUUCGCCGUGCUCCACGACGCGACGACGCCCCACGCCUGGGCCCACACGGCCGAGGUCAUGGCGUCCGCGUUCGGCGACGACUGGGCCCGGCGCGUCGAGCUGGAGCAGGAGACGAUCGGCUCCGGGUGCAUCGCGCAGGUCUACCGGGGCUUCUGCGACGGCCGCAAGGUCGCCGUCAAGGUCUGCCACCCGCAGAUCCAGGAGAAGGUGUCCGCGGACAUGCGCAUCCUCGCGUACUUCGCCAGGUGGCUCGGCGGCAAGGAGCUCGUGGGCGCCUUCGGGGCGCUCAUGCGGGACCAGAUGGAUCUGAGGAUCGAAGCGCGGAACCUCGAGCGGUUCACGGCGAACUUUGGCAAGGAGCGCGACGUCGACGUCGUCUUCCCGGUGCCCGUGUUGGUGCGACCCGACGUCCUCGUCGAGACCUACGUCGAGGGCCGGCCCAUCAACACGUUCACGACGGACGCGACGGACGCGGCGACGAAGCGGCGCAUCGCCGACGCGGGCUGCCAGCUGGUGCUGAAGAUGGUCUUCACGCACAACUUCAUCCACGCGGACCUCCACCCGGGCAACGUCCUGGUCGACGUCGACGACGAGCGCGUGCGCGUCGGCCUGCUGGACGCGGGCCUCGCCUACGAGGUGACGAACCACAAGUCGUUCCUCAACGUCGUCUACCACCUGAUGAUGCGCGAGGGCAGCCAGGCGGGCGUCAGGGCAGGACAAGAGAGCGAAAUUCCCAACUUCAAAGGCUCCUUUCUCGGCCGUUUUCCACUCGUUUCGGCUGAUUCUUGGACGAGCGAUCAUCUCUUGGAACGGUCUCGAAGCGUGAAUGCUUUUCCCGGAACGCGCGCGCGCGGAACACUCACGUUGAAGCGACGUUGA